AUGAUUGGACAUCACAAGUACUCUGUGCUCCUGCCCACCUACAAUGAACGUGAGAAUCUGCCCGUCAUCAUCUGGCUUCUCACAAAGACCUUCCAGGAUAACAACAUCGACUACGAGAUCAUUGUCAUCGACGAUAACAGUCCUGAUGGCACCCUCGAGAUCGCGCAGCAGCUCCAGAAGAUCUAUGGCGAAGAUAGAAUUCUUUUAAGACCUCGCGCUGGAAAGCUCGGAUUAGGUACUGCAUACGUCCACGGAAUCCAGCAUGCCACUGGCGAUUUCAUUUUUAUUCUGGAUGCGGACAUGUCUCAUCAUCCUAAGUUCAUCCCCGAGAUGAUCCGUCUCCAGCAGUCGAAAAACCUUGAUGUUGUCACAGGAACCCGUUAUGCAGGCAACGGCGGUGUCUAUGGAUGGGACCUGAAACGCAAGGUCAUCAGUCGUGGAGCCAACUUUUUGGCCACAGUGCUUCUCCGCCCUGGUGUCUCGGAUCUUACUGGAAGCUUCCGUCUGUACAAGAAGGAGGUCCUGACCCAGCUGAUCUCGUCCUGUAUUUCCAAGGGCUAUGUCUUCCAGAUGGAGAUGAUGGUCCGUGCAAGGCAGUUCAACUUCACGAUUGGAGAGGUCCCUAUCACAUUCGUGGAUCGUGUCUUUGGAGACAGCAAGAUGGGCGCCAUGGAGAUCGUCAGCUACGCCCAGGGACUGCUGAAGCUCUUUAUUGCUGUGUAA